AUGAGCUGUCCCGGGGCUCAUAGGUCUUUUGACAUCCUCCCAGAGGGCCCCUUUCUGAUGCAGGAGAACCCUCUCCUGGGCCGACCCCCGCCACCCCAGCAGCCAGGCCGCAUGAAGGAAGACCUGCUGGAGCUGAUGAUGCUGCAGAACGCGCAGAUGCACCAGCUGCUGCUGGGCGGCCUGGUGGCCUCAGCGCUCGGCCCCGGGCCGGCGCCCCCUUGGCCUCAGGUCUACCUGGAGGGCCAGGAGGAGAGUGAGGCGGAGGAGCUGCUGGAGGCCCAGGAGGAAGGGCCCCUGGUGUUCCACCACCACUACGUGCCCUGCCCGCUGCCCGCUCUGGGCGCCCUACCACCCUGGCCGGCCUCUUUCCUGCCCCCGCCCCACCAGCCCCACGUGCAGGACAUGACCAGGACUCAGCCCUGCCCUCCUGCCUUUGGGAAAAGGGGCGCGAGAGCUGUGCCCCCGCCCCCACCACCCAGUGCCACAGGGACUGUGGGUGCAGAUAUACCUCCGGCUUCAGACUACUAUGAUGCUGAGAGCUUACCCUGA